AUGAGUGUCGGCUUCCUUGAGCUUUCUCAAAAUCUGGAAGUCACAGUCCUAGAGCACGAAAAAGUUCAAUUGCGAUCACUCUGUCUACCUCUCCAGCUGAUCUCCCUAAUUUCUCCGAAUCGGAGUACAUCUGGUUCUUGCAAGACGUAUACCGACGAUGUCGUGGUCGCCUCCUCCUCACUAUGCGAGCACCUCCAACACCUAGAGCUGUUACUCUGCAGGCUAGAGCAAUAUGGCAUACGACUCGGUCCAGCAAAGGCUUUCGUCGGUUUCCCUAAGGUCGCGCUUCUCGGCCACUACGUUGACGCGUUCGGCCUCUCCACCCCGAAGGAAAAGCUGCAAGCAAUCGCGGAGCUGAAGUUCCCAAGCACUUUACAGCAACUUGACACCUACCUUGGCAUGACGGGCGACCUUCGACACAUCAUUCGAAACUAUGCGCGGAGAGUCAAACCACUGCAGGACCGUAAGACGUUGCUUCUCAAGGGUAGUCCGGUGGCAGGUCGCCCACGACAGCAAUGGGCGCUACGCACCCUGUUGCAGUAA